CCAGUUUACAGUGCUCUGUUUCAUCAUUCUCUGCUUACACUGCUCCUCUUCGCAUUUCCCUGUUUUCUUGGACAGAGUGCCGGGAUGAGAAAUUUGCUUGCACCAGACUCUACUCUGUGCAUCGCCCGAUCAAGCAGUGCGUUCACCAGCUGUGCUUCACCAGCUUACGGCGUAUGUACGUCAUCAACAAUGAGAUCUGCUCCCGUCUCGUCUGUAAGGAACAUGAGGUCAUGAAGGAUGAGCUUUGCCGUCAGAUGGCUGGUCUGCCCCCACGGCGACUCCGCCGCUCCAACUACUUCCGGCUUCCUCCCUGCGACAAUGUGAAUUUGCAGAGACCCAGCGGUCUGUGACCAUCAAGGAAGAGGAACGAAUCCAUGGGUGAGAGGAAGCAGAAAUGCCUUCCUCUCCAACCAUCACCAGCUAACUCAUACGCAUUAGUAUUUCUUAAGCCAAUGUCCAGCUUUUGCCUCUACUCCUUAAUUUUUCACCCGGACAGCUAACAUUUAUCUCAUUUUUUUCAAUACUUAAAAUACAACA